UUUGGGUAUGGGUUCUGUGCGGCUAUUAUGCUGCAACUGGGGCUUGGUGGUUCAAAAUGGGUUUGACCAAUAGCCCAAGGAAUAUCUUUACAUUUUACUGUUUUGUGGCUAAGAUGGCUUUCCUGCUUAUGGGACCACAUUCAGUUUGAUUCCUUCAUUCUUCUGGAAAUGAUCAACAGGACUUUGACAUUUCUCAUGGGUCUGUGCUGUAUAAAACUGAUGAACAAUCUGUUUGAAGUCUUAAAUAUGGGUGCAGGGUUGCAGAUCAAAUCCUUAAACUUGUUCCAAAUGUUGAGCACUUCCGGACAGCACUCAGAUGUUUGAAGCUUUAGGUGAAAAGACGUGGUGUAUAUUCUCAUGUAACUGGAUUUUUAGGAGGUGUUAAUUGGGCUCUCCUAGUUGCACGUGUCUGCCAGCUCUAUCCCAAUGCAAUUCCCAGGUUGCUGGUUUCGCGAUUUUUCAGAGUGUAUAUGCAGUGGUGGUGGCCAAAUCCUGUGAUGCUGUGUCCAAUAGAAGCAGAUGAACUAGGUUUAACUGUAUGGGAUCAUCAGAGGAAUCCUCGUGACAGGUUGCAUCACAUGCCCAUAAUAACUCCUGCAUACCCAUGCAUGAACUCUAGCUAUAAUGUCUCUCUAAGCACUCUUCAUGUUAUGAUGGAACAGUUUAAAUGUGGUAACAGGAUGUGUGAGGAGAUUGAGCUGAACAAAGUGCAAUGGAGUGCUUUGUUUGAGCCAUAUCUUUUCUUUGAGGCAUAUAAAAACUAUCUACAACUUGACAUGGUUGCAUCAGAUGCUGAUGAUUUGCUGGGAUGGAAGGGCUGGGUGGAGUCACGCCUUAGACAGCUUACUUUGAAGAUAGAGCGAGACACAAAUGGGAUGUUGCAGUGUCAUCCUUACCCAAAUGAGUAUGCAGAUACAUCCAAGCAGUUCCCACAUUGUGCUUUCUUCAUGGGCUUGCAGAGGAAAGAGGGAGUGAAUGGUCAGAAAGGUCAGCAAUUUGAUAUACGUGGGACGGUUGAAGAGUUCAGGCAAGAGAUACAUGGGUAUGUGUUCUGGAAACCAGGAAUGGAAAUUUUUGUUUCUCAUGCUCGGAGGAAGCAGCUUCCUGCCUUUGUUUAUCCUGAUGGGUAUAAACUACCGCAAUCAUCGAGGCCUCUAAGCCAGCAGGGUGGAAGAACCUCUGAAUAUGUUACACAGUCUCAGUCUGGUUCUGCAGAGACAAAUUAAGAGAAAGCAUGAUGAUGGUUUAGUAGAUUCUAAACCUGAGAAGCGGGCCUCUAUCAGUCCCCAGAGGCUUGAGGUUGUUUCUCCAGAAAGUAAUACAAUUAUGUCUGGUGGAAGAUCUCAUGUUAGUUUUGAUGAAGCAGCUACAUCAGAAUGCGCAACAAAUGGGGAUGUUGAUUGCAAUUCUGUGGUUAGGUCAUUAACUGAGCAGGCAGACAGUGGAAAGGGAACUUUGGGUUUUACCAACCAACUGGGGAAAACUGUUGAUUGUAAUCUUGCUACCUUAAGCAAGCAGACGUCUUUAGAUGUACAUGAAUUUUCGUUGGUUAGGAAUGAUGUAACCUCAGCUGAAGCAGUCGAAACCAUUCCAAGUUUCAUAUACUAUACCCUCCCUCUAAGUUUCAUAUGAUUUCAAUGUUGUUCAGAACCUGACUUGUCUUGUAACUUCGUCUUUGUUGGGUAGCCAAAUAUCACACUUGGGAAGUUUGUGAAAUCUCAAGGUCAAGCUAGGUCAGAAACUUUGCAGAAGCCGGUGAUGAGGCAUGUGUUUUUGAAACCUGUGUUUUGUAUAUGGGAAUUAUGAUCUCUUUAUACUGUUUUUUUGGUUCGUGGUUCCUUUUAGCAGGUUGAGUUUGAAGUCGACAGCCUAAUGCUUGGGAGGUGAUGCAUGCCAUGAAAUAGUCCUUGCGGAAGGAGAGCUAGCCAGCACCAUGGUAAGUGCCAAUUAAUUGCUGGCUUUCAC